AAAUGGGUUCUCGUGCUCAGCAUAUUGUAAUGCUACCCUUCCUGGCUCACGGCCAUCUCAUACCAUUCCUCGCACUAGCAAGGCAAAUCCACCAAGCAACCGGCUUCACCAUCACCAUUGUCAGCACCCCUCUCAACGUUCGCUACCUCCAAUCCACCAUCUCCUCUGAUUUGGCCAACAUCCGCCUCGCCGAGCUUCCUUUCUGCAGCACCGACCAUGGUUUACCGCCCAACACGGAGAAUACCGAGAACUUGUCUCUACAUAACAUUCCAGUCUUCUGCCGUGCAUCGGUGACACUCGAAGCUCCUUUCCGCGGCCUAAUCCGUGAUAUCAUGGACCAAGAAGGUGGUGGCUGGCCGCCUCUUUGUAUAAUAUCCGAUAUGUUCUUUGGAUGGGCUGUAAAUGUUGCCAAAAGUGUAGGUAGCGUGAGCAUUACUUUCACCACUUCUGGCGCGUACGGCACGGCGGCUCUCAUGUCUUUCUGGCUGCACCUCCCGCAUCUUUGUACAGAUUACGAAGAGUGCUUCAAGCUCCCGUGGUUUCCUGAUAGCCACCGCUUCCAUUACUCACAACUAAAUCUAUUGGCAAAAGCUGCAGAUGGUACAGAUUUGUGGUCUAGGUUUUUGCAGUCGCAAUUAUCACUUUCUUUAGGCUCUCAUGGGUGGUUGUGUAACACUGUUGAGGAGAUAGAACCUUUAGGAAUGGAAAUUCUUAGAAAAUAUCUCAAACUUCCUGUUCGGGCUAUCGGUCCUCUUCUUCCUCCGGCCGUGCUUAAGAAGCAAUACUCGUCCUCUUCUUUUGGCUCGAAUAUAUUCAAACAACGUGCCGGCAAGAAGCCCGAAAUAUCACCUGAAAAAUGCAUUGAGUGGCUCAAUCUACACAGUCCAGGUUCCGUUCUAUACAUUUCGUUUGGUUCCCAAAACACUAUUAGUGCUUCCGAGAUGAUGGAGUUAGCUCUAGGUUUGGAAGAUAGCGCAAAACCUUUCAUUUGGGUCCUUCGGCCACCUAUUGGUUUUGACAUAAAAGGUGAAUUCAGAGAGGAAUGGUUGCCGGAAGGGUUCGAAAAGCGAAUGACGGAAAGGAAACAAGGCUUAUUGGUGCACAACUGGGCGCCGCAGCUGGAGAUUUUGUCGCAUCAAUCUACCGGAGCAUUUUUAAGCCAUUGCGGGUGGAACUCGGUGUUGGAGAGCUUAAGCCAAGGCAUUCCGAUCAUAGGCUGGCCUAUGGGGGCGGAGCAGAUAUACAAUUUGAAGAUGCUGGUGGAGGAGAUGGGCGUGUGCGAGGAGUUGGCAAGGGGAGUACUGCAGAGUGAUAUUGUGAGGAAGGAGAUGAAGAGGGUGAUAGAAUUGGUGAUGGAGAAGAAGAAAGGCAAAGGGAAGGAGAUGCAGAAUAAGGCUGCUCUCAUUGGAGAGCAAAUAAGAGCAGCAACGAAAGAUCAGGGAGGAGAAGAGGAGGGGUCUUCUGUACUUAAAGCAUUGAAUGAUUUUGUAAGUUUUCCACCUGCUGUUUAGAAAAUAAUAAAAAUUUUAAAAUACUUGUAAUAAUUUAGU